GUGAGAAUGGAAUGGAAACAGAGGUUGUAGGAUUUUCGUGGUUCCUUUGUAUAACGGCAUUGGAGGCUUUUGUCGAAUUUCCAUAUUACCAUUAGCAUUAUGGAAAUUCGCUAUUUUUUCGCGGUGAGUUUGGUUGUGUCCGCCUCUGCAGUUUUUGCUGCCGCUGGCUCCCUCCGGCACGUGAAGGAUCCAAAGUGGCAUAACGCCACCGCGACUUGGUACGGGAGCCCCGAAGGCGAUGGCAGUACUGGAGGGGCAUGCGGGUACGGGACAAUGGUGGAUGUACAACCAUUUAAGGCGAGGGUGGGGGCCGUGAGUCCGGCGUUGUUCAAGGAAGGAGAAGGUUGCGGCGCUUGUUACAAGGUCAAGUGUCUGGACAAUACCAUUUGUUCGAAAAAGGCUGUGACGGUUAUUAUAACUGAUCAAGCUCCCCAACGUUACAGUGAUCGGCCGCUUUUCGACCUAAGUGGCUCCGUUUAUGGCCGCAUGGCCAUCACUGGCCAUGGCAGCAGCCUUCGUGACCGUGGUGAGAUGCCCAUCAUUUAUCGACGGUAGGACACCGUGCAAAUAUAAGAGAAAGAAUAUUGCCUUUCAUGUGAAUGAGGGGUCAACCGCUUACUGGCUUUCCCUUUUGGUCGAGUUCGAAAACGGAGAUGGUGAUAUUGGAUCCAUGCACAUCAAAGAGUUAGGGUCGAAAAAGUGGCUAGAGAUGAAUCACUUAUGGGGAGCAAACUGGGUAUUCAACGGGCCUUUGAGAGGGCCAUUGUCAGUAAAAAUUACGACGCUCUCAAGCGGAGCUACCCUCACCGCAAGCGAUGUUAUUCCUCGGAAUUGGGCUCCUAAAGCUACUUAUACUUCUCGCCUCAACUUCCACAUUUAAUGACUAUUUCGCCUCCCACAAAUUAAGCAAACAAAGUGGUGUCCUCCAUGUGUGUCACCUACAUAAUCCAUUUAGUUUCAUUCUUUAUUGAGUGUAUAAGUGUAAACUCUAAUGAGUUCUUAUAUAUGUAUGUAUGUAUGUAUGUAUGUAUGUAUGUAUGUAUGUAUGUAUGUAUGUAUGUAUGUAUGUAUGUAUGUAUGUAUGUAUGUAUGUAUGUAUGUAUGUAUGUAUGUAUGUAUGUAUGUAUGUAUGUAUGUAUGUAUGUAUGUAUGUAUGUAUGUAUGUAUGUAUGUAUGUAUGUAUGUAUGUAUGUAUGUAUGUAUGUAUGUAUGUAUGUAUGUAUGUAUGUAUGUAUGUAUGUAUGUAUGUAUGUAUGUAUGUAUGUAUGUAUGUAUGUAUGUAUGUAUGUAUGUAUGUAUGUAUGUAUGUAUGUAUGUACUACCUCCGUUCUCUUUUAGUUGCAACAUUGUACUUUUUGCACUAUUCACAUCUUCUACUUUGACUACAUUUUAUUAGUUGAUGUUUAAUAAAUUAAUUUUUUUAAAAAUAUUGUUAAAUUCUUCACAUUCUAAAAUUUCAAAAUAUGAAUUUUUUAAAUUUUUUACGAAUAAGGAAUGAAAGAUAUUAAUGGUCAAACUUGUGCAUUGGCAAACGUGAAAUGUUGACUGUUGCAAUUAAAAAGGAACGGAGGAAGUAUGUAUGUAUGUAUGUAUGUAUGUAUGUAUGUAUGUAUGUAUGUAUGUAUGUAUGUAUGUAUGUAUGUAUGUAUGUAUGUAUGUAUGUAUGUAUGUAUGUAUGUAUGUAUGUAUCUAUGUAUGUAUGUAUGUAUGUAUGUGGGUACCUAUCUGAUGGGGGAGUCAUCCAAAUGUGCAAGGCUCUAAGAGUGGUUUUCAUAUUCUAUCUGUCAAACAUUUUCAUGGGUUUAUUGUAAAAAUUGUAAAUUAUACAGCCUUAAAGUGUGUAUUUUUCUGGAAUCUCUUUGAAGUGUUUUGUACAAAGAAAUUACGUAAAUUAUUCAUUAUAAAUCCAAGAACUACUUAAU